AAAAGAAUAUGAAGGCUAACAAGAUGAGGUCCUGGGAUCUCUCAGCUAAUAUUUCUAGCUCAGAUUCAGCUGAUUUUAAUUUCAUGGAAUCUGAUGAAAAAGUGCAGAGAGAUUACAUCAUAGGAUUCUUAGAAGCAAAAUAAAGAAAUUAAAGAAGAAGCUGUCAUAGAGGAUCUUAAUAAGACCGAUAUUUCAGGAGAGGAGAAAAAUGAGAGAGAAGUCGGAUUAAAACAAUAUUCAGCAAGAAUUCCAUGCAAAUUAGGCUUGAGAAGCGAAAUUAAGAACGAUCAGCAUCAGUUACGACAACCUUCUCCCCCAAAUCUUUCUGAUUUCAAUUGAGAUAAUACUCCUCCAAACAUCACAAAAUCUAUGAAACCAGAGCUGAAAUGAAACUAUAUGAAGAAAAAAUUCCUCCCAGAAAAUCCUGAAAAAUGUUGCUUAUUAAUAAAAUCCUCAAAUCCGAUCAAGCCAACAAAGCCUGGAAACCAAAGAAGCUCCCAUUUAAAUACAAAAAUUAGAAAAAGUGUACGUAAAAACCUGAAUGCUCACUACCUUAAGAAAAGUGCUAAAAAAUGUCCCCAACAAAAACCCCCAAAUAAAUUCCUCCACAGUUCAAAAUCAGCUCUCACACUAACCAAAAAAUCCACUAAAAAACCCCUCAGCACCCCCAAAACCACCUCCAAAAUAACUCCUCUACCAACCACCGCACCCACCCUAUUUCACAAAAAUUCCUUUAUUUCCACACACAGAAAUCCUAUUUUGACCCUAAAUUCCACCUACAAAUUUUCAAAGACUAAAAACUCUGCUUCCUUCCUGGUCCCAAGGAGUCUGGCAGGGCCCCAGAAGCACUUGAAGAGUUCUAGAAGUAUUUAUGUGCCUAAGAGUGAUAGCCGGAAGUAUAGUCUUGGCAGGCUUUAUUGUACGUAAAUAUUUGUAUAAAUUCUCAACA